AUGGCCAGAGAAAACCCAUUGAUGCGUUUCUCCUUCUGUUUCAGAUAUCUCUAUCACUUCACUCUCCUCCUCUCUCUCCUCUCCUUCGUUUCUUUUCUCUUCCGACACAACACAACACUCUGUUCCUGUCCUUACGAUCACAAUCCCGACCCUCACAUAUUUGAUGGCAACCAUAACAACGAAACCAUCGACCUUCUUAGAUUCUCUUCCGCUUGGAACCAUCUCACUUUCUUCCCUACUAAACCGAAGAGGACUCUCAAGAUCGCUGUGGUGGUCAAGAAAUGGCCUCAGAAAUCGCAAGCUGGUGGGCUCGAGAGACACGCGCUUACGCUGCACCUUGCUCUAGCUAAUCGUGGCCACGAGGUUCAUGUUUUCACCGCCGCUUCUCCGUCGUUCCCUGAAUAUCGACUGGAAACUCUCCGGUUCCAUCUCUCUGAGCCGACUUCUGGUGGAUAUCUCGAUCAAGCUACCGUCUCGCAACAGCUUCAGACGCAGAACGCGAGCGGAAAACCAUUUGACGUGGUUCACACGGAAAGCGUCGGGCUUCUCCACACAAGAGCCAAGAACCUCCAAAACGUGGUCGCGUCAUGGCACGGAAUCGCUUACGAGACUCUUCACUCCGACAUCAUUCAAGAACUCCUCCGUCAAGCAGACGCCACCGCCGCCGCCGGAGCCGACGAAGAACAGCCCCCGCCUUCUUCUCCUGCUCUGACGGAGCGAGCGAAGCGAGUGGUGGAAGAAGUCAAAUUCUUCCAACGCUACGCUUACCACGUGGCAACUAGCGAUCACUGCGGCGACGUACUCAAGAGGAUCUACAUGAUUCCUGAGGAACGCGUCCAGAUCAUUUUAAACGGCGUCGACGAGAGCGUUUUCAAACCGGACGUUUCCAAACGCGAGAGAUUCAGAGAGAAGUUCGGCGUUAGAAGCGGCAAGAACAAGAAAGCUCCUCUGGUCCUUGGAAUCGCAGGGAGGUUAGUGAAAGAUAAAGGCCACCCUUUGAUGUUCUCAGCUUUGAAACGAGUGUUCGAAGAGAACAAGACGGCACGCGAGAACGUCGUCGUUUUAGUAGCUGGAGAUGGUCCGUGGGGAAACAGAUAUAGAGACCUUGGGUCUAACAACGUGAUCGUUCUUGGACCGUUAGAUCAAGAAACGUUAGCCGGAUUCUACAACGCCAUCGAUGUGUUUGUGAACCCGACUCUUCGAGCACAAGGGCUCGAUCAUACUCUCUUGGAAGCCAUGGUUUCAGGCAAACCGGUCUUAGCCACGAAGCUAGCGAGCAUCACUGGGUCAGUGGUCGUCGGUCCACAUUUGGGAUAUACAUUCUCACCGAAUGUUGAGUCUCUAACGGAGGCGAUUUCGCGGGUUGUGAGCGACGGAACAGAGGAGUUGCAGAGGAAAGGCAAGGAGGCGCGUGAACGGUCGUUGAGGCUUUUCACGGCGUCUAAAAUGGCUGAUGCGUAUGAAAGGUUGUUCCUUUGUAUUUCGGAUAAGAGCUAUUGUACUAUACAAACUUCCUCAGCUUAA